AUGUCCUCUGACGAAAGCGAUGCGAUUUCUAUCAAAGAAGAAGAUACGGUUUGUUGUUUGUACGAGAGCUACAAUUGAAAGUCGAUUUUAGACUAUGAGUGACGACGACGGCUCUGAUGUCGAAAUCAAAAGCUCAAAAAAGGAACGAAAACGGAAACUUGCUUCGGACAGUGAGGUACAUCGAUGAACGCAAAAUUCAGUUUUAAUUAUUCCCUUUUUAGAAAAGUGCUUCGGAGCAAGACGAUGAUGAAGACGACGAUGAUGAUGAGGAAGAGGUGACCCACAAAAAAGCCAAGAAUAAGAAGCGGAAGAAGAAAGCACCGUCCGGAAGAGACUUCAUCGCGUGGGACGUCGACGUCGACGACGAAGACGAAGAUGACGAUCAGGAUUACGACGAUGAAGACGAUCCUCGGAUGAAUGCUAUGAACGAGCGAGAAGAGGCAGAGCGUGCAAUGAAGGACUUGGAAAUGAAUCAGAGGAACCGCGAUCGGUUUAAGUUCCAAAACAUGUCUGAAGAUGAGGUUCAGAAGUACUUUGAAAACAAGUAUAAGGGCGAUAAAAAUGAUGGAGAGUACGACGACGAGGAUUCUGCGAUGGACGACAUCUCAAAGAACUCGCAUCUCCCAUCGACAAAAGAUCCGAACUUGUGGAUAGUGAAAUGCCGAAUGGGCGAGGAAAAGCUGGUUGCCAUGCAUUUGAUGCGCAAGUGUCUUGCUGUUGAGCACACGAAUGAGGUAAGCUAAUUUUAAGAGAUAAAGAAAACAUUCCGAAUUGCAGCCAUUCCAAAUCAAAUCAGUGGUCGUGAAGGAAGGUCUCAAAGGAAUGAUUUACAUUGAAGCAUUCAAACAGUCGCAUGUCAUGUCGGCCAUCGAAGGCUUUUCGGCUCUCAAUCAGUUCAACAUCGCCAUGGUCCCAAUCAAAGACAUGGUCGACGUUCUGAAAGUUGUAAAAGAUAUUCCGCAAUUGAAACUCGGUUCGUACGUUCGCCUGAAGAGAACCAUGUAUAAGGACGACCUGGCCGUUGUCGAUCUUGUGGAUAUUGCUCAAAAUCGUGUCAACCUAAAGUUGAUACCUCGAAUUGAUUAUCAAAGACGAAGAGGAGCCAUGCGUACAGAAGCCGACAAAAACUACAAACUGAAACGACGUCCGAUGCCGAAACUGUUCGAUCAGGACGCUAUCAAAGAGGUCGGAGGAGAAAUUGUGACAGACGGAGACUUUGUCAUGUUCGAGGGAAACCAUUUCCGUCGUGGCUUCCUGUACAAGUACUUCCCUAUUAAUGCAGUUCAAGCUGACGGCGUCAAACCAACUCUCGGAGAACUGGAAAAAUUCCAAGAGUCAAGCGAUGAUCUCAAGAGAGAAUGUAGGUAAUCUCAGAUUCGUUCCCAAAAAAUUGUACUUUUCCAGUGGAAACAACAUCUCUGAAAGACAGUGAAAACCCAUUUGUUCCGGGAGAUAUAGUGGAAGUGAAGGCCGGAGAGUUGGUGAACUUACGAGGAAAGGUUAUGUCAGUGGACGGAGCCAAAGUGGUCAUGAUGCCGGACCAAGAAGAUCUCAGAGAACCGAUUACCUUGAACGCGUCCGAACUGAGAAAGUAUUUCAAGCAGGGAGACCACGCGAAAGUGAUCAGCGGACGGUACGAGGGACACACCGGUCUGAUCGUUCGUAUUGCCGAUGCCACAGCCAUCAUGCUGUCCGAUCUUGGAAUGGAGGAGUUGAAAGUGCGUGUGAGAGAUCUGCAACUAUGUGCCGAUGUAACGACUGGAGUCGAUUCUCUCGGACAGUUCCAGUACCACGACCUGGUCCAAUUGGAUCACACUGGAACCGUCGGAGUUAUUGUCCGUCUUGAGAAAGAACAUCUCGAAGUUCUCAACAUGCACGGAGUUAUCAAUCGCAUGAAACCGCAGGCUAUCAUUUCCAAGAAGGAUGUCAAGUUCGCGAAAGUGCUCGACAGUCAGAACAACUCUGUGGAAGCGAAGGAUGUGGUCAAAGUUAUCAGUGGCCCGAAUGCAAAAGAACGGGAGACUGACGAGGAUCCAGUUGGAGAAGUGCUAUACGCAUUCCGAGGAACUGUCUUCCUUUACGCGCGCAAGAUAGCAAAGAACGGAGGAGUUCUCGUCUGCAGGCCGAAACAUUUGCUUCUGCAAGGAGCCAAAUCAAAGGCAAACACAAAUGUAGUGGCUCGUAUGGCAUCCCCCAAUCCAAUGGCUUCUCCACGACAUUCUGGAGGAAUGACUCCAGGGUCGCACGACGGCAUGUCAAGUCGUGGAAGUACUGGAAGUCAGACACCGAGAAACGGAGGAGGCGGACAUGGAAAUCACUUCGGAACGGCUAACCAGCAGAGAAUUCGACGCGACCUGACUAUAAUCGGAAAGAACGUUCGCAUUAUCAAAGGGCCUAUGAAAGGUCUGUUCGGAAUCGUCCGUGAUGCCACCGAUGACACCGUUCGAGUCGAGUUGCACACACAGUGCAGAACCAUUUCGGUGGAUCGUGCUCGUGUCAUGGUCGUUGGAGACACUGGAAUUACCGCUGGACACACCGGAUCCUCCUCGUUUUAUAACCAGUCGAAGACUCCGAUGCGCGACUCUUCCAAGACCCCGAUGUACGGCUCGAAGACUCCGAUGUAUGGAGCACAGACCCCAAUGUACGGUGCGAUGACUCCUCGCGCGGGAGACCGUACUCCGCACUACGGUUCGAUGACGCCAGCUUACGAUGGAGGCAGAACGCCAGCAUAUGGAGAAGGCGGACGAACUCCCGCGUACGGAGGAGGCAAGACUCCCGCCUACACCGACGACGAUCAUACCACGACGGCAUCGUCAGCGCGUACUCCAGCUUAUGAAAACGAAGGCGCAAGGACUCCGGCUUACGGAAAUACGGAAGGUGCGCGCACUCCAGCAUACGCCAGAACUCCUGCUUACGAGCACGAGCCGCCCAGAACUCCUGCCUAUGAAGCGCCAUCCAGAACUCCAGCUUAUGACGCUGGAAAGACGCCGUCGUACGGAGAUGUGGACAACUCGAGAACUCCCGCGUACGAGAGAAACAAUGACUAUGAGACUCGUAAGUUCUGCGCAUCUCUAACCUAUCUACAAUAAAUUUGUUUUCAGCGAUGAGCCCGGCCUACAAUCCGGAGCCAGCCAUGACGCCAACCUACGACGGUUCUGCUCCGAGAACUCCGGCAUUCGGAUCGAGCCGCACCCCAGCAUACAACUACGAUGUCGGCAGUCCGACUUACGAAGAACCGGAGGCCGAUGCUAAACCGGAGGAAGAACCCGGAGACACCUCUUCUCCGACUUACGAAAACCCCGAUGAAUCGUACGUUGUGGCCACUCCCGGGGCAAUGCUCAAUCCAGCAACUCCUGGAGCUUAUCACGUGGACACUCCUGGAUUCGCUGCUCCAAUGACUCCGGGAAGCGGCACGUAUAAUGACUUUGCUGCUCCGUCGCCGUUUAUGGGAGGACUUCAAUACGAUGCGAACACGUACAGCUCGGCUGGCGGCACAGUCGAAAGCAUUCGUAAGUUCGAAAUCUAUGUGUAACAGAUCGAAUUGAAACGUUUUUCAGCUGAUCACUUCUUGGCUCAAGGAGUCUGGAUCGUGCCGCAGCUCUGCGUUACCAUCAAGGAACAUGAGGAUAGGUACAACGACCGUGAAGCAAUCAUUAAGGAUGUGUACGAAGGACGUGUUGACGCCUACAUUCCAGACCUCAAGUGCAACGUGGAGGUUGAAUUCGAUCAAAUGGCUCCGAUGAGACCGCAACAAGGAGAUGACGUGAGUUUCUGUCUAAACAAUGGGAGUUAUUCAAUGCUUCCUUAUUUCAGGCUCGUGUCAUAUUCGGAUCAGAAGCUGGACAUAGUGGCACACUGGUGCAGGUGGACGGCACUGAAGCUGUUAUCCGAUCUCGCGAAACGUUCUCCGAUAUGCGAGUCGUCAACAUCGGAUUGUGCUGCAAGAUGCACAGCAGUUAA